AAAAAGCCCUGGGAACGACGCUGGCCGCGAUCUUGGAUUUCUAAAAAUCUUUGAUUUCAGAAAAUCACCAAGAUUGGCUGAAAAAUACUCAAACCCGACAAAAAGAUAUUUAAUUCCUAACCUGAAAAACUCGAAGCGUCACCUAUCGAGAUUCUUGACAGCGGUGAGUUUUAUUAACCUCAAGUUGAUAAAAAAAAAAAAUUCAAGAGUUGACAGAGAUCAGCCCCGGGCUUUGAAAGCAAAAGUCCCAUAGUGUGUAAAACACCUGUGUGUGUUCUCUUUAACCACAAACUGUACCGUCUAGUUAUUCAUAAACAACAAUUUGACCACAAGGAAAAGCCCGGCAGCCGGGACAAACUCUGUGAUGAAGUCAUGGAUGAGUUAAUUUUUUUCAUGGUUGACCUAUUUUCUUCCGGUUAUAACUCUCCAAAACCCACGAAGCAUUUGAACCAGAAAAAUGGACAGGAAACCUUCCAGGCCUCGUUAUUUACCGUUGUAUUUGAACCGAAACAACUUGGUCCAUUCGCUCAAGAACAACGCAAGCAGGUAUUACAUCGCUUGGUUUAUUUCAAUGCUUCGAAUCAUCAUGUGGAAACUGAAAUGUGUUGCCUUCAAAGGUCAACAGCGUGUUGUGAUGGUUAUGCUAUUGAAGAAAAGAGUCCUGUGUUUUAUCUUUACUUGUUCAAUUUUCGUGACUGUAUACACGAUGAUGAAAUUUACCCACAAAUCUUCGAAUCUAUGGACUGCAUCCCUGAGCGAAAUGUUUUGUUUAUCUGAACAGAAAAUUUAUAUUGACGGGCGACUGUUAUGUGAAAACAACCAAGAAAUGAAAUACCUGUCUUAUCAACCACCUGUAGGGGGAUGGAAUAACCAACGUGUUGCCUUCGAAAACGCGGUUGUUUUGGCCAAGUUGUUGAAUAGAACUCUUAUUGUUCGCCCUUUAGCACCUCACCAGGAAAUACUUCGACUGAAAAGAAAGCGUAAAAUGUCUGCAAGUUAUGAAAUAUACAACAUGCUUCCUGAAGUCAAUCUUCUGCCAUUAUCUAAAGUAAUUGACUUAAAAGAAUUGUCGAGACUUACUCCUGUCAAAGAGGUCACUUCAAGUCAUGUGGAGUUUCUAGAGAAAUACAAACAUUUGAGAUGGCAUCGAGUUUGUCACAACGGGAUGGUAGGAAUAUGGGUUGAUACCAUUCCUAAGGAGACAGAGGGAGAAAAAUCGAAACUCCUUCAGCGACAUAUGGAAAAUCGACCCAUCUAUGGAGACCUUCCACUCUAUCGCCGCAUUUGCAAAACAGAAUUGAAACAUUAUGGCAACACAAGUUUUAGGCCUGUGUGGGGAAUCUGGAAUGAGUUGUCAAACAGAACGGAAGAUAUGCUGUAUUUCUCUGAAGGAUCUUUGUAUAUUGGAGAGCUUCUUUUCUUCGAUAAGACAACCGUUUUAAACACGCAUGCGUGGAUAAUGCGAUACAUUCGUUUCGCGCCGGACAUUCGACAACGUGUCGCGGAUGUCCUGAAAAUGAUGGGUCACCCUUUUAAUGCAUUGCACGUGCGCAGGACCGAUCAUCCGACAAGUUUUCACAUAAAACAGGAGUAUUGGUUACAGCAACUAAACAUGCGAGAUGCAGUGAAUCUAACAAAAACUCUUUACAUUGCCACCGACGAAGGAGACAAAACUUGGUUUAAACCUUUUAGUGAAGCAGGGUACAAUUUAUUUUUCGCUGAAGACUUCAGUGAUCAGUUGCGACUUGGAAACGUAAACCCUGCUGUCACUCAGGACAUGUUAGGCUUGUGUGAGCAGCUCAUUUGUGCGCAUGCUGACCAUUUCGUGGGAUCGUAUUAUUCAACAUUUACCAAGUACAUUAAGCGGCUAAGAAAACAACUGACUUGGAAAAAAGGAAUGAUACGAAAGCCUUACACCUCUAUCGUAUGGGCUGGAACGACUGAUGACCGAAACUAAUGUCAUCACACUUCACUGUUUGGUGACAAACUCCCAUCAAACUUUAAAAUCAGUUUUCUUCUUCCAUAAGACGUCUUAUUUUAUGGUUAGCUCCGUGAGUGGGUAAGAUGAACCGAAUCCUGCGCUGAGAUUGGCUACCUGAGCGGGCAAGAUGGCACUAUCUCGUCAGCUUGGGAUUUUCGAUUCCGCUGUAUCAAGCAAGGAAAUAGUGUUCUUUUUUCCAUAUAUGAAGACAUCCUUUAUUGACCAAGCUUGUUCUUUUCUUUGCGUGUUUACGGACUUCGACUCUGUCUUGGUCCAUAAACAAGCCAAACAAGAACUUGGCCAAUAUCCGAUCCAGCCAUCUUGACCUAACGGUUGGUCAAUAACCCAUGGAGCUUACAGUUUUUCACUAGAUAUAGCUUCAGGUGCUAAAGAUGUGCCUCACCCCACGCCCAACAUACCUUUCAGUGUUUUUCUUGGUUGUUUGUUUUUUAACUCAAUUACCUUGCCCAAGUAGGUAACAUGGUCAAUAUGGAGAGAGCACUUUAAUGUUAGUAAAAUGGCAAAGAUUGCGAGACAUAGCUUCUCAAAGACGAAGAGUUUUACAGACCUUUGUAUGCUGGGGGGAGGGUGCGGGCAAAUUUGUGCUAAAUGUAUACAAACGUCUGGUAACAUUUUAUGACUCCGUAUAACCACAUUUUCACUAUUUGGCAGCAUGACAACAGGAAGCGUGGCCAGUUUACAAUAUUGUAAGGUGCUCUUUCCAGCCUCGUCGCUAACUUAGACAACAAA